AAAAUAAAGAAAAAAUAUAAAAAGUCUCUAAAAAGUGAAAUUUCGAGAAGAAAAUUUCAAGGUCCCCGAAGGUAAAGGUCGUUCAUCGUCUUCGUCGUCGUUCUCAUUAUCGUUUGUGUUGGAAAAUUCGAUUUGCAAUUCUUUGUGUCCUAAGGUCAUUGAAGUGCAUCUUAAUCCCUCAAAUGAGAUUGAAUUUAAUUGAAUUAAAUUGAGAGAGCAAGAGAGAGACAGCGAGAAGGCAGCGAAAAAAAACCAAGAAAAAAAAACGUUGAAUCAGUUCAACUCGUUCAAUUGCGAAAAAUGACAGAAAUAUAAUUCAGUUUAUUUUAAAAAAAAAUUUUACCAACUAAAGAGAAAAAUGAAAUAAAUAAAAAAUAAAGGAAACGAAAAGAAUAGAAAAGAAAAGAAAAAAGAAAACAAAAUAUUUAUCAACUAAAGAGAAGAAAAGAGAAAAAAGACAUAAAAAAUGACGAAAAAAUUUGAAUAUAACUGGCAAAUUGAAACGCCGGAGUUUAUGAGAAAGGGAUGUGUUUUCGAUAGAUGGUACGAAGACAAAGAUAACACGGAAUUCGAGGCCGAUUGUUUAGUUAAAGUCGACGAAUAUGGUUUUUUCAUCUAUUGGAAAAGUGAGGGAAAGGAAGGAGAUGUGAUUGAAUUGGCUCAAGUCUGUGAUAUAAGAUACGGUGGAACUCCAAAGGAUCAAAAAUUAACGAAUAAGUGCAGCAAACAUGGAACGAUGGAGCAAUUGGAUGAGAAAAGUUUAACGAUAUGUUCCGGAGUUGAUUAUACGAAUAUUAUCUACAAUCAUAUGAUUUGUCCUGAUGCCCAAACGGCGAAGGAUUGGCAAGCGGGUUUACGAAAAGUCACUCACAAUACGAAAGCAAGUAACGUCUGUCCGACAAUUCAAUUAAUGAAACACUGGAUGAAAUUGUCAUUCCAAGUGGACGCGAAGGGAAAAGUUCCAGUGAAAGUGAUAACGAAAACUUUCGCGUCGGGAAAAACGGAAAAAUUAAUUUAUCAAGGACUACAAGAAUUGGGACUUCCAAAUGGAAAAAAUGAUAAAAUCGAGAAGGAAGCUUUUGUUUUCGAAAAAUUUAAGGCUCUCUAUUUCAAAGUCUGUCCACGAAAUGAUAUCGAGGAAUUGUUUCAAUCCAUAACAAAGGGCAAAGCUGAGUUUAUCAAUUUACAACAAUUAGUGACAUUUAUGAAUGAAAAACAAAGAGAUCCGCGACUCAAUGAAAUUUUAUAUCCUCUCUACACUGAGAAGAGAUGCACGGAAAUAAUUAACGACUAUGAACCAGAUGAAAAAUUCAAAUCAGAACAGAAAAUCAGUAAAGACGGUUUUAUAAAGUACUUGAUGUCCGACGAAAAUGCGCCGGUAUUCUUGGAAAAAUUGGACGAAUGUAUGGACAUGGAUCAGCCACUUUGUCAUUAUUAUAUUAAUUCCAGUCACAAUACUUAUCUCAGUGGCAAGCAAAUUGGAGCGAAAAGUACAGUCGAAAUGUACCGGCAAGUCCUUCUUGCAGGCUGCCGAUGCGUGGAAUUGGAUUGUUGGGACGGCAAAACCCCGGACGACGAACCAAUAAUAACUCAUGGCAAAGCAAUGUGCACUGAUAUUUUAAUCAAGGAUGUUAUUUAUGCCCUGAGAGACACUGCAUUCGUCACAUCCGAUUAUCCAAUUAUUUUGAGUAUCGAAAAUCAUUUGUCACUGAAGAAUCAAUAUCGACUCGCUAAAUAUUUCGACGAUGUUUUAGGCGAUUUGCUGCUCAAGGAGCCACUCAAAGAUUAUCCUUUGGGACCUGGACAACCUUUACCGCCGCCAAGUGCAUUGAAACGGAAAAUUCUAAUCAAGAACAAAAGAUUGAAGCCUGAAGUGGAAAAAGUUGAACUGGAACUUUUCCGCUCGGGACAAUUUGAAGCUAAGGACGAAGUAAUCGAGGAUCCAAAUGCGCCCGCACCACCGCCGCAAGAAGCGCCACCGGAACCUGCUCCUGGCGCUCCUGGCGCUCCCGGCGCUCCUGGAGAAGCUCCUCCCGAGGGGGCAGAAAAUGCACCAGUUCAUACAGGAAGUACAAUGGCCUGCCAUCCAUGGCUCUCAUCAAUGAUCAAUUACGCUCAACCUAUUAAAUUUCAAAGUUUCGACAGCGCAUUGAAGAAAGAUAUUCAUCACAAUAUGUCCUCAUUUUCGGAGACAGCAGCUUUGAAUUAUUUGAAGACAUCCGGAGUGGAAUUUGUUAAUUACAAUAAAAGACAAAUGAGUCGAAUUUAUCCCAAGGGAACUAGAGUUGAUUCAUCAAAUUACAUGCCUCAGGUCUUUUGGAAUGCUGGCUGUCAAAUGGUCGCUCUUAAUUUUCAAACACCAGAUUUACCGAUGCAAUUGAAUCAGGGAAAAUUUGAAUUCAACAAUACAACUGGCUAUUUAUUGAAACCGGAAUUUAUGAGAAGAACCGAUAAAUCAUUUGAUCCUUUCUCGGAAGAUGUGGACGGUGUCAUCACUGCGACUUGUUCCGUUCGGGUGAUUGCGGGACAAUUUUUAUCGGACAAAAAAGUGGGGACUUACGUUGAAGUCGAUAUGUACGGUCUACCGGCGGACACGAUAAAAAAAGAAUUUCGCACGAGACUCGUGCCGGGAAAUGGAUUGAAUCCAGUUUACAAUGAGGAGCCAUUUGUUUUUCGAAAGGUUGUGCUGCCCGAUUUGGCUGUUCUUCGAUUUGGCGUUUAUGAAGAAAGCGGCAAAUUACUGGGACAAAGAAUUUUGCCACUCGACGGUUUGCAAGCUGGCUAUCGGCAUAUUUCCCUGAAGACCGAAGCCAAUUUUCCCAUGGCUCUGCCGAUGUUGUUUUGCAAUAUUGAGCUGUCAAUUUACGUUCCCGAUGGUUUCGGAGAUUUUAUGGCGAUGCUUUCUGAUCCGGGAGCUUUUACAAAAGGCGCAGAGAAGCAGGACGCCGCUAUGAAGGGAAUGGGAAUUGAGAAAACCGACGCAAAAACUGAGGAGAAGAAGAAAAAGGAGGAAGAAGCUAAAGCCAAGGAAUUCAAAAUUGAACCAAUAACGGCGGAGACACUGAGAAGGGAAAAACAAUUCAAAUUGGGAAAGAAGCACAAUAAGGAAAUGGACACACUGAAGAAAAAACACGCCAAGGAAAGGCAGACGAUGCAAAAGAAUCACAUUGCCGCCAUUGAACGAGUGUCAAAAGGAAAAGAUAAAAAUUCGCUGAUAAAUGACGGCAGCGUGAAGCAAAUGGUAAUUGAGCAGACAACAGAAUGGACGACAAUGGUGGAGAAACACAGAAAAGCCGAAUGGGAACUUCAUCAGCAACAAGUGGCCGCAAGUCGUGAGGAAAUGAAGAGAUUAAUUGAAAUUGUUCAAGUGAAUCAGACAAAACAAUUGCAAACGAAACACGACAAAGAUAUUAAGGACAUGAAUACGGCUCAAGUGAAGGCUUCAGUGGAGACCGUGAAGGAAGUGAUGAAUGACAAGGCACUGAAAACAAAAGGCGAGAAGGAUCGAAGAAUUCGCGAGAAGAAGCAGGCGAAUACGAAAAAAUUCCUCGACGAGAGGAAAAAUGUGACAAUAAAACAGAGCCGAGAGAAGGAAAAAUUGAAAGUCACUCACGAGAAGCAAGUUGCCGAACUUGAUCAAAUAAUCACUGACACAAUUGAAAAAUACAAGAACGAAGCAAUUCAAGUGGAAAUAGCAUCAAAGACGGAAUUUUACGUCUAAAAUAUUUAAAGUAAAACAACAAUAUUAAUAAUUUAGCAAAAAA